AUGCACAUCCUCAUCAAACGGAUGAUGAGCGAUCGCACGGUGGACAUUAAGAAUCACUGGAAACUGGUGACGAUUUUCAUCGGUCACAAUGAUUUCUGCAGUCGAAUAUGCUAUCUACCCAACCCAGAGAAGGCUCUGAGUUAUCACGAACAGAAUCUAAUCAAAGCAAUUCGAUUACUACGCAAAUAUCUGCCCAGAACCAUGGUCAACAUUGUGUCUGCAAUCAAUGUAAACGUUCUUAGGACAUUCCGGCCACUACCACCUGAAUGUGUCUCUACGCAACUGUUUGAGUGUUCGUGUGUCUUCGGCACACGCUUUCAAGCACUUCAGCCUCGUCUAAACCGUAUCAUAGAAGAUUGGAACCGGGUGCAGAGGCGAGUAGCAGAGCGGCCAGAGUUUCAACACUUAACGGACUUCACCGUCAACUAUCAACUGUUUGCAGAGCAGUUUAUGUUGCCAACGCUUCCAGACGGUAGUACAGAUGAUGGCCUCUUCUCGGUCGAUUGUUUCCAUUUCAGUCAACGGGGCCAUGCGAUGAUGGCAAAUAGCUAUUGGAACAACAUGAUGGAGGUGGUGGGCAACAAGAGCGGACCACUGCAACGAGAAUUUGAAUGAAUUAACUGUCCAACACCGGCUCGUCCGUAUUUGGUGACGCAGGUGAACAGUUUGCGGGAAGGGUGA